AUGGCAGCGAAAGAGAAGCACAGUUUAAGUUUCAUCGAAAACUUUGCACUCAGUGGUCUUGCUGCUGUUGUCUCAAAAACAGCAGCUGCACCUAUUGAACGUGUAAAAUUACUCGUACAAAAUCAAGGUGAAAUGCUUAAACAAGGUACACUCAGUCGUCCGUACAAUGGUGUUAUUGAUUGUACUAUGCAAACGUUCAGAAAUGAAGGACUCUUUCCAUUUUGGCGAGGCAAUUUGGCUAAUUGUAUUCGAUAUUUUCCAACCCAAGCUUUAAAUUUUGCCUUCAAAGAUAAAAUCAAAGUAAUGUUUAAACAAAAUAAAAAUGAUCCAUAUAUGAUCAACUUUGGUAAAAAUGUAGCAAGCGGUGGUGUAGCUGGUGCAUUAUCAUUAUGUUUUGUCUAUUCACUUGAUUAUGCACGUACACGUUUAGCUAAUGACGUUAAAAGUACAAAGAAAGGUCAAGGUGAACGUAAAUACAAUGGUCUCGUUGAUGUCUAUAAGAAGACUUUGGCAACUGAUGGUAUUGUUGGUCUUUAUCGUGGUUUCGUUAUAUCAUGUGUUGGUAUUGUUAUUUAUCGUGGAUGUUAUUUUGGUUUCUAUGAUACAUUAAAACCAAUUUUACUUGGUCCAGAUGCUGGUAUUAUGUUAUCAUUUUUACUUGGUUAUGGUGUAACAGUCACAUCAGGUCUUAUAUCAUAUCCAGUCGAUACAAUUCGACGACGUAUGAUGAUGACAUCGGGUCAAGCUGUUAAAUAUAAAGGAUCAUUAGAUUGCACGUUCCAAAUUUUACGUACUGAAGGUGUUAUGGCAUUAUUCAAAGGAGCUGGUGCCAACAUUCUUCGUGGUAUUGCUGGUGCUGGUGUUUUAGCUGGUUUCGAUUCACUUGUACAACUUUACGCUGGCAUUAAAGUCGAUACUAGCGGAGGUUAA